AUGAAGAUAUCCUCCCGACACCUUGAUUUUUAUUUACCUGACAAUGCAUUAAAUCUCACAGAGUUACCACCAGCAACUGCAACAUUGACUGCGGCAUAUGUCUGUUGGACCAUUGUGCUAUCUAUCGUUAGAAGGCGAUAUAUAAAAGAUUCUGCUCUCGAAGAUAUAGACUCAAGAUUGGUAGUGGUCCCAUUCUUACAGAUGAUCCCAAAUAAAAUAUUCUUUUAUCCAUUGUCAUUGGUGUUCUCUAAUUUAAUUGACGUUGAACCAUGGAAAUUUAUAUUGAACUUCGCGAAUCUACUUAUAGGUGGUGCUUACAUUGAGAUCUUGUGGCAAAGUCCCUUGGAACUACUUAAAUUUGUGUUGGGAAUAGGUUCACUAGCUAAUUUGAUCGUUGUUCUCAUCACGAUUUGCUUGCAUAUAAUCUGGCCAUCGAUUAGACUAGAUUUGCCCUUAGACGGCAAUUACACACUCAUUGUAGGUUUCCCUAUAAUAUACAAGCAAUUGUUCCCCGAGACUACCAUCUUUGAAACCAAACAAUUGCCUUUCAUUUCAAAAAACUUUAGGUUUAAACUAUUGCCCAUCUUCACCUUAAUUGCUCUAACAUUCAUACAAUUGGUGUGGUUCCAUCAUUUUUCGCAGUUACUCUCUAUCUGGAUCACUUUCUUCACAUGCUACUUCUAUUUGAGAUUUUACCAAGAGUUGCCUCGUACUAUGGCUGAGGGCACUGAUUAUAAAGUGAUCGGGGACGCCUCAGAAACUUUCCAAUUGAUCUAUUUCUUCCCAGAUUUGUUAAAGCCUGUUUUAUCCCCAAUAUUUGACUUUGUCUAUGAAAAGUUCGUUGUUGAAUGGCAUCUUGCAACACCAUUUAGAAUGUAUGACAUCGAGCAAGCAAACAUAUCGGCUCAAAAGAGAGGAGCUAAACCCGUGGGUAGUUCUAACGCAGAGGAAAGGAGAAAACAACUAGCCCUACAAGUCUUAGAAGAAAGAUUAGUAGAUGAAGACGGGACAGAACUAGGAGAUAUUUCUGCAGAGAAUCGUGUUUGA